AUGGGAUUUCAUGUCACGAUGUGGAUGAAUGUACUUCUAGAAUCGUUAGCUAUAGUGAUAACCAAGUUUGCCAAAACUGGUUCUUUUCAUUGUCCCUUUCUUGAAGGAUUCGAGAAAAAUAGAACAUUAAGAUGUAAAUGAGUGUAACUCUUAUAUCCAUAACUGCAGUGCUUUUGCUCAGUGCAAAAACACUGUUGGUUCCGUUAACUGUUCAUGUAGAGCAGGCUUCCUGGGUGAUGGACGCUUGUGCCACGAUGUUGAUGAGUGUGAGAAUGGGACUCACAGGUGUGAUGCGAACGCACAAUGCAUUAACACUUUGGGAUCUCUCAAAAGCACCUGCAAUUCUGGAUUUUCUGGUGAUGGUCAGGUUUGUCAAGAUGUUGACAAAUGUCUGAACGGUUUUGGUGACUGCAGUUCCACAGGAACUUGCAGCAACAAUGAAGUUUCAUAUACAUGUUCAUGCAAUGGAGGUUUGCAUGGAAAUGGCCGUAUAUGCAAGUGCAAAUCUGGUUUCCAUGGUAAAGGUUUCUCGUGCUUUGGUCAAGAUGAGUGUUCAUAGGCAGGGUACCUAUGUCAUCAGAGAGCUUCCUGUGCUAAUAUUUUUGGAUCAUAUAGGUGCCUCUGCAAUAGUGGAUAUCUUGGAGAUGGCACACAAUAAAAAGGUAGGCAAGCUAUAUUAAGAGUUUUCCUACCUGACACGUAACAUUACCCCUCUUAUUUUUCGGGUUUUUAAAUAAGUUAAAUACCAUAUUUCCCAACUUUGUCUUCUUUUAUCUUACAGCCUCUUUGGCGGAAAGGCCUGCCUUGCUUAUUGA